UGAUACUUCAUGACAUAUGAUGGGUGAAAGACAGACAAUUACUGCUGUUUGCAGUCUCAGUGAUCCCAAUUAUAAAAUAUGAUUAACGGAUGGUGGUUGGUGUUGACAGUACUUUUUACACAGUGGUACCUCUCUCAAAUUCCAAAUAAGUUUAAGAUAAGAUAGACUUUAAUUACACCACACCGGGGAAAUUCACUGGUUAUAGCAGCUCAUAUACAAGGGAGAAGAAAUUAGUCUGAAAAAAAGAAAUAAAAAAACUACUACACUUUAGGUUUCAAUGAGGUCUGAAAAUAACAAACUUGCUUGACAGGUGCUGGGAACAUGACGGAUGCUUACUGGGCAAAACCAUGUCAAAGAUAAGAUCAUCAUCCAAACACAGUGCUGGUGUGACACAGAGGGAGAGCUCAGUCCACUUUCUCACACUGACAAGUCGUUCAAACUUUGACUUUAUUCUGUAGCUUUAACACAUCCUGAUAGUUUUGUCUUGAGGGGACAGCGCUCACCAUGAAGUACAGGACGGUGGUGAUGUACAUGGAGAUCGGCUGCUUUGUGUCCUGCCUGUGCGGUUGGAUCCUGGUGUGUUCCACUCUCCCCACAGAGUACUGGACUUUCUCUGAGGUGGGAAGCAUCGUGCUCACCACCUCCAACUACUACUCCAACCUGUGGAUGGACUGUAUCUCAGACACCACGGGGGUGUCCGACUGCAAGUAUUACCCCUCCAUGCUGGCCCUGCCUGCAUACCUACACGCCUGCCGAGCGCUCGCCGUCUGUGCCGUCAUCACCGGCUUCUUUGGAGGGGUCCUCACACUCAUAGGGAUGAAGUGCACCAAAAUAGGUGGAUCGGAGAUUGCCAAUGCAAGGGUGACCUUUGCAGGCGGUAUAACCUACCUGGUGUCAGGAUUCUGUGGUAUGAUCACGUACACAUGGUGGGCCAGUAGAGUCAUCUCAGAAUUCUUGGAUCCAAAUUUCAGAGCGCAGAAAUUUGAGCUUGGAGCUGCAGUGUUCAUUGGUUGGGGAGGCUCCAUCCUUCUCCUCUCAGGUGGGACGGUGCUGACGUUCUUCUCUGGAAAAGAAGGCCUACCAUCAAGUUCUCCAAAAGGACCACGCAGGCCUGCCACUUAUGCCAGCGCCCGGACCAGACGGACUUACAUGCUGCCGGGCACGACGUCCCGAGUCACUCUGGGACCGCCGCUGUUUUAUGAAGGCAGGAAAAGCCGAGCAACGAGAACGACAACGAGGACCGGUCGUACCUUCAGCAGGGACACUUUUGUCUGAGACAAACUCUGAGCCAAGAAAGUGACUUUAAAGGAGACGUUGAGACGAGAAGGAAACAUUGCAGCAUCAUAGAACUUGUUUACAGAUCUGUUAAAUAUUAAAAUAUGGUUCACGACUCUUGUCGAGUUCUUUAUCGCAUCUUGCCUCCAUCAGGGAUGGACAAAGGUACUAUACAAACAAAACAUAACCACCUUUUCAUAUCUAUUGUGUGAAUCAUGUCUAUACACGGGGGAUACAGAAGAAAUAUGACAAAAUGUAACAUUACAACAAUAAAACUUUUAGAAUCAAGAGGCUGUAGAUCCAUUUUUUAAACAUAAAACAACAAGUUGUAUUAUUCAGCUUCAUUGUUUAAAGAUACAACGUAUUCAAAUCUUUUCAACAACCCGACAGCUCAUUGUAACACAUCCAGAUUUAAUGAAACGUCCAACUGUUCCCAACAAUUCUUGUUCUUUGAGACAAACACAAUCCAGUCAAUCUGUUCAUCUCUGACAGACGCACUCUCAAUCCCGUUUAAAUAUAAAGUACAUCUAUAAAACAUAUAGUCGUGUUAAACUACCUGUAUGUGGUUGAACCAAGU